AUGGCGACGACAGGUUCUGAAAGUUACAAAUAUCUUUUGAAUCGCAUCGAAUCAUGUGUAGACGAAAACCUCGCUGGUCAAGUGUGUCUUCACCCAGGCCAACGGCUUCUGACCACAGAUUCUCGAGUUGUUAUUAGAGCUGAUAUCGAACAAGUGAUCGAGCAAGGGAAAGUUUCUCUUCUGUGUGGGGGUGGAGCCGGGCACGAACCUGCUCACGCAGGUUACGUUGGCCAAGGGAUGUUGAGUGCUUCAGUGUCAGGUUCGAUUUUCACUUCUCCUCCUUCAGCCAAUAUCUUUGCUGCCAUCAAGGCUAUUAGUCGACCAAAUUCUGCAGGAGUUUUGGUGAUAGUAAAGAAUUACACUGGUGAUCGCUUAAACUUUGGGGUUGCCAUAGAACGAGCAAAAAAUGCAGGUUACAAAAUGGAGACUGUAGUUGUAGCUGAGUGCUGUAUGAGUGGCAAGGAGGCCAAACCAGGCAGGCGUGGUCUUUGUGGUACCAUCCUUGUACACAAGAUUGCUGGUGCACUCGCAGAAGAGGGCAAAAGUCUUCAGGAAAUUGCCUCUGCCUGCAAAGAAGCAAUUAAACAAAUGGGAACAAUUGGUCUUGGUUUGAGUGCGUGCAGUAUCCCAGGAUCUCACCAACUUUUCACAUUGGCAGCUGAUGAAAUGGAACUUGGUCUUGGAAUCCAUGGUGAAGCUGGUGUCAAACGCAUGAAGAUUGCGUCUGCAAAUGAAGCUGUUGCAAUCAUGGUAGACCAUAUGACCGACAUGGAAAACCAGAAUUCGUUUUCUCUUCAUAAGGGUGAUGAAAUAGCCAUCAUGAUCAAUAAUUUGGGAAGCCUGACUGUUUUGGAAAUGAAUGUCAUUGCCAAGGAAGCCAUUGCAUAUUUAGAAACGAAAGGAGCAAAGGUCAGCCGUGCUUACUGUGGUUCAUUUGUUACUUCUCUCAACAUGCGAGGUUUUUCAAUCACUCUUCUUCAUCUCAAUGACACAUUUAAAAGAUGCCUGGUUUUUCUUUCUUUGUUUAUUUCUUUCUUCACUUUUUACUUUCUUUUCUUCACAUCUUUUUCUAUUUUUAAUGUCCUCUCUUUUUACUUCUCUUAUCAACUUCUUAUCUUGCUUCUCUUUCUUUCUUUAUUUUUUCACGUCUCUUUCUUUUUUUGCUUCUCUUUCUUUUCUUUUUCACUUCUCUUUCUUUUUUGCUUCUUUCUUUUUUCACUUCUCUUUCCUUUUUGCGUCUCUUUCUUUUCUUUUUCACUUCUCUUUCUUUUUUUCUUCUCUUUCUUUUUUGCUUCUCUUUCUUUUUUUGCUUCUCUUUCUUUUUUGCUUCUUUCUUUUUCUUCUCUCUUUUUGCUUUUCUUUUUUUUUUUUUCACCACUUUCUUUUUGCUUUUUGAUUCUUCUCUUUCCUUUUUUCUCUUUCAUUUUUUUCUUCUCUUUCUUUCUUUUUUUUGCUUGUCUUUCUUUUUUUUUUUUCUUUUUGUUCUUUUUUUUACUUCUCUUUUUUUCUUUUCUUUUUUUUUUGUUUCACUUCUUUCUUUUGUCUUUUUUUUCUUUUUUUGCUUUCUUUUUUUUUUUUUUUCAUCUCUUUUUCUUUUUUGCUUGUCUUUCUUUCUUUUUUACUUCUUUCUUUUCUUUUACUUUCUUUCUUUUCACUUCUCUUUCUUUUUCUUUUUUUUUUUGCUUCUCUUUCUUUUUUGCUUCUCUUUCUUUUCUUUUUCACUUCUCUUUCUUUUUUGCUUCUCUUUCUUUUUUGCUUCUCUUUCUUUUCUUUUUCACUUCUCUUUCUUUUUUGCUUCUUUCUUUUUUCACUUCUUUUUUUUUUUCUUUUUCUUUUUCUUUUUUUCUUUUUUUGCUUUUUCUUUUACAAUGGCCAAAACGUUAUGCUCCCACAAAUGCUCCGAGUUGGCUUUGCCCCUAUUUACCUGCUGGUUUGGCUGACAGGCAAACACCAGAAUGCAAGGAAAAGGGUUCAAUUUCUGCAAAGCCUGAAAAGAAGAGUUUUCCAGUAAAUAAUUUUCUGAUCUUCAAAGCACUUCAGAAUAUUUGUAAGCAGCUAAAAUCAUCAGAAACAGCUCUGAAUAAUUUGGAUACAGGAAGUGGUGAUGGGGAUUGUGGGAGUACACUGGCUAGAGGGGCACAAGCGAUCAAAGACCAGCUGAAUACAAUUGAGGAGUGUGGGUUGCCUGUUGACCAGCCAGCUGCUUUGGUGAGACAACUUGCUAACAUUGUGGAACAAGAGAUGGGAGGAUCUUCAGGGGCAUUAUACAGUCUGUUCCUGAAUGGUGCUGCCAGAGUUUUGAGUGAACAUUCCAGUGAUCCAACUUUCCAAGUCUGGUGCAAGGCUUUCAAUGCAGGUCUUGAAGGAAUAAUGAAGUAUGGUGGCGCAAAACCAGGUGACCGAACCAUGGUGGAUCCGCUUUAUAGAGUAAAGGAAAUCUUCCAAGAAAAAAAAGUUUUUGAGAGAGACCUAUCCCUAAAAGAGAAAAUUGAGAUCUUUGCUUUGGCAGUUGAGGCUGCAGAGAAAACUACAGAAUCCACCAAAAACAUGCAGGCAAAAGCUGGGCGUGCUAGUUAUGUGAGCAGUGACCUUUUAACCAAACCUGACCCUGGAGCUGUGGGUACGACACUGUGGCUCAGAGCCAUUUUGGAAUCAAUUUCUGAGAAAAAUGAACAAUAA